GGCUGCAACCGCGAAUAUUUUACAGGCUGUCACGCCCCUACACACCCCUGUUAUACUGGUCCACACAGCGCAUAGUCAAGUAGGUCUGUGUCCAGCAGGAAUGUCGUCUUAACUUUCCAAUGUGUCAAAGCCUGUAUGUGUUUUGUCCUCACGACUGGCUGAACACCGAUUGAUCGUGGCUGGCUAAUAUUCUCAACAUGUGUUGAAUGCGGUGUGUGCUCGCCUCGUAUAGUAAGGCGACGACAAUCAGAUAUCAUUUCAUAACCGCGGCCCCGGCUAGAUUGUUAAAGGUGUGAAUUUGCUCGAAAGCUGUUGCGGACGGACAAGCAAUAGAAUCGCUGUGUUAACGUCUACGCCAGUGGGUCACUGGAGUAGAACUCCGUGUGUGAUCACCUAAACCCGAAUACCGAACACUAACUUCACGGAUAAAGACUUGCCAACGAUAGGUCUCGCUGCCCUUGCAGUUACUCACUAUAUCAGGCCUGUGGAACGAGGCGCACACAGCUAUAGCUUCGCGGUGACAUGAAGCACUUCCCUGGAGCCAAAUGAAGAGCCUCGGGCAGACAAUCGGAGUAUACAUCUACUUAAUUUUUCUCUCUGACAUCGUGGUGACUGAUCUCUCGUACUCUGAUUGCGGAGGUUUCCUGACAGAAGAGAGGGGAUUCAUAAAAUCCCCUAAAUUCCCCCACAGGUUCCCCACACCUAUCUCAUGUCACUGGGUCAUUCAAGCACCACCUGAGAGAAAAAUCAUCUUGUACUUCACACAGUAUUUUCUAAGGAGCGGAUUCUACCUGUCCGAGUAUGAUCAAUACCAUAGUGAAGUAUCAUAUACUGGCAAGAACAACCUCGGAGAGAUCAACUUUGAGGACGAAUUCACAUCCUUGGUAGCAUAUAAGCCAUAUGUGGUCAUUACCUUCAACGUCCGUGACAACGGGAACAUCCACCUGAGGGUGGAGGACUACCUCCAGGAUGUUUAUGGAUUCAACAUAACCUAUGAGGUUGUUGGGUUGGAGGAGAAGGUGGGCAGGGAUGCCUGCUCGGUGCAUGAAUGUUCCUACCUCGGGAACUGUGUCGCGAACUUUAACUACUCGGAAUAUAGGUGUGAUUGCUUCGAAGGAUUCUUUGGAAAAGAGUGCCAGUAUGGCCCAUAUUGCGACCCCGAUAAAGGGACGAAUAUGUGUGAAAACGGCGGAAGAUGCAGAUACUUCUAUGGUUCUCUGGUGAAUACAUGUGAGUGUCCACCUGGCUAUGAAGGCAGCAAGUGUCACCUGAAGACGGACAGACCCUUCCAUCAAGACUGUGAGAACCUUGGUUGCAGUCAGUUGUGUGAACAGUCUCAAGAUGGAAGCUUUUAUUGUUCGUGUUUGGAGGGAUUUAAGCUGGAUACCGAUAAUGCCACUUGCAUGGAGAAAGAAAUGUAUCGAAUUACUGUCACUGUACCGGUCAGAAAAGGCGUGAUGAUCCCUGCCGGAUUUACAUCACCACAGUUUGAUGCAACGGCCACCUUGAAAGGACGGGUAAUCUAUACCCUGGAUCUCUCGGGAAUAAAAUCUGUAACAAGAUUUGGAUUUGAUGGCGUCAGAGAUAAAUCUGACGAGAAGGUCAUGGCGUUCCACUUCUACGUUGAGAACAUUGAGUUGGAACUGGUCUACAGAGGUCUGCAGUUCUUGACCACGGGCAGUAGGUUAUUCGGUGUAGAAGUCGACAAUGCUGCCAUGAAAUAUCAGGCAGAUCCAGAGAUGAAACUGUUGGGGGUUGAACACUACGGCCAGCGGCCAGCCGUUGAGGGCAACUUACUGACCAUCAUGUGUACAGCCCGAGGGUCAGGACAGAUGAAAUACCGCUGGUAUAAGGACGGCUCCUUGUUGAACACCACGCUAAGUCAGAGGAAUGCAUGGGAAAUUCGAAUCCCUCGGACCAUCAGGAAGAAACAGAUCAGUGUACUGAACAUAGACGGAGUUGAGUUUUAUGAUAAAGGCGAAUUUACCUGCGAAAUCGAGGAUUUUAAUGAAGUAGACAAUGCAUCUGUCAUCGUUGACGUCAUCACGCUUCCUCUUUUGGAAAUGAGCCCUCUGGCGGUGUCACUUACGAAAGGUGGCGCCACCAGCUUCCGGUGUCUAUCCCCUGACGACACGAUAGAGAAAGGCACUUUCACCUACAGAUGGCUCAAGAACGACAACCAAAUACCACCUGAUUCUCCGUCUGAAAUAAUAGAAGAUGUUUUCCCCACCGGGAGGCGUCUCAACAUCAGGAAUGCACAACAUAGUGCUAAUUACACAUGUAUCAUCACGAACCCAGCAGGAUCUACCAAUAAAACUGCCCAUCUCUUUGUCAAGACACCAGAGGAUAUUCAAGGUUACUGUCUACAAGAUAUUUACGAGGGCAUCACUUGGAAGAAGACCUUUGGUGGAUGUUUUGAUGUACAACGUUGUCCAACCGAUACCGGAGAUUUGCGAGUUUUAAAAGCGCUUGAUUUGGUUUGGUUGAACCGGUUGUACGGAAAGGGAUAUUCUAAACGUUGGUGCAAGUGUAUCGAUCAGCGUUGCGAAUGGUCGAAGCCGAACUUUGUCAAAUGCCAGUCUGGACAUCUCAUUAUAACAUUUGAUAGGCUUGAGAAGAUCAAGUUGGGCUACCAGCAUGAUAAGAUGGCUUCUAUAUGGGAAGAUCUGUACGGCCUAAUCAGACAAGCGAGGGGGAAGUUGUACGCCGGCGAUGUGGAUGUCUCCUCCUCAAUUCUUCACACAUUUGUCAAAACGCUGGCACAAUAUCCGUCACUCGCCCCCAGGAACGGAUCGUACUCUCUCAUGAGUCUUCUUGAUCUUACGAACAUCUUGAUGGCAGAGGCUCUUCUUACAACAAGUGAAGAAAAAGAGUCCCUGUAUGUUGGGCCAAAGGUAAUGCAGAUUGCUGAGAUGACUUGUGGACUUCAUCUCAGAAAUUUCAAUUUCUCAAUUGGACUAAAAAUCACAACCGACAAAAUAGUGGCGCUGAUGGAGAAUGUUCGGAUUGUACCACCUAAUGCAAGUCUACCAAAGCUGGCUAACCAUACAGAGAAGUAUGGGACGACCUUGGCCCGCGGUUCUCGAUUACGAAGAGAAAAGGUUUCAAUAUCAACAAAUGGACAUUCAGACCACUCUGAUGUUGUGUACAGCCACGAACCAAUGUUUAUAUGUCACUACGUUGAUAUGUACUCAUUGUUACAUGACAACUAUGCAGAGAACAUUCAUGAUCCCGAUUUCAUCACAGAAAUACGAUCAGUGUUUCCCCUCGACAACUUCUAUCUCCAGAAGAUCAGGAAAAUUGAAAUAGUAUUUAAGCAUCCGCAUUCUGUGAUACUACAAGGAUCAAACGAAACUACGUGCAUUUCAUGGAGAACUGUUCGCAGAUACCCUUACACAAUACGCGAUGUCUUGAACGGUCAUUGGUCUGUUCACGAUUGCGACGUCAUACAGAGGAAUGCCACGUCCACAACCUGUUGGUGUGACGUCCCUGGUCACUUUGCACUUGUUGUCAAACAAAUAAACGUUACGAUUCCAGUCAUUCCUGAUACCUAUGAAGGGGUACUGUUGGCUGGCUGUGUGGCAUCGAUGUGCGGACUGGUGUUAACCCUCAUAGCGUAUCUGUUCACAUGGAGACACUUAGUUGGAGAGACCCACUAUAUUCACAUCAACUUCGUGCUCAGCCUCACCAUCAUCAACGUUAUAUGCAUCGCUUGUCUUGGGAAGACCCAGAUUCAGACUUUGUGUGCCGCCGGCAAGAUCCUACUCCAGUUCUUCUACCUCGCUGCAUUCGCCUUCCUCUUCGUUGAGGCUGUCCACAUGUUUGUCACAGUACACUCCCGGCAUAGUGUGUCAGGGGGAUUCCUCAAGUACUUCCUCAUUGGAUGGGGAAUCCCUACUUUGGCAACCGGGAGUGUCGUUGUCGCCUCGGAGAGAUAUGGUUACGACGAAAGUUGUCACGAGUGGUGCUGGUUGUCGGACUCUCACUGGCAUUUCUACUCCUUCCUUGUGCCUGUUAUAGUUCUAGUCGUGGCCCAGUUAACUCUCUGUACAGUCAGUGUCAUCACUGUGCGGGGAUGGAAAGAGGAAUGGAGAUAUAAAGAUAGAAGGAAACAUAUGCUCACUGCAGGGAAGUGUGGAGUCCUGCAGGUCCUGCUGACGAUGUCCUGUGUGUCCGGGACCUUCAUAGAGCACAAUACGCACACUUCCUUUCUGUACAUUUUCCUUCUUGUUGAGAUAACUUUAGGGACGACAGUGUUUUGCUUUCUUGUCCUAAUGAAGCGUCAGAUUCGCUUGUCCCUUGUGUUCAUGUUGAACAGAUCUGGGGAGAAGUCAGAAAUGACACGGAAAUUUUCUUCGAGGUCUUUCAAAGCAUACAUGAUGCCCGAGAAGAUUGACGAGCAGCGAGAAACAAUAGAGGAAAGCAUCCACAGACAUCAGAGUGAGAUCAACCGCAAUAAGUUCACGCGAGAGCGUAAGAAGCAGCUAGAGCAUCUCCUUGGCAGCUCGUCCUCUGGUUCCGCUUCCGGUUCCGGAUCGGACAAUAGCCGAGAGAGUCAAAUCCGUUUUGUGAUUACCCCUCACAGAGAAACACCCGGGGAUUCUGGAAUAUCGGACAGUGACAUCAGUGAAAUAUGUUCAACGAAGAAUACUGUAGACAUCCAUUACAUUUCCCCCGUCCCUGAACAUCAUAAUGACUGUGAUGCGGAUCUGGAUGAUGACUCCUCAGUGGACAGUCCUUCUGAGAUCCUGGUGUGUGCCUCUCGUAUGGCCGAUCGGUCUUUGGUGACUCUGCAUACAUGAUCCGUAACUGUGCAUUCCAAUAACAGCAUGGAUUUACUUCCCGUGUUCAUUUAUGUGGCCUAUAAGGCAUAUGGUGUCCAUCGUUGAUGGCAAGAUGUCCUAUAACUUACUCUGUGAAAUCUGCAUAAUGAUCUCGGUCCGCCCCUGCGACUUACCUACAUUCACAAUGCAGUGUAGGUGUGGGAAAAUGCUAGAUCCCUAUCCAUUUGUAAAUGUUAAGACACCGAUCAUUUGGGGUGGAUGGGAGGGGUGGAUUUGGAAGAUGGGUGAAUAGUGAGUUUGUUUCGAGUUAUAUCGAAAAAAAAUAAUUUGUAUAAAUAUUGUUCACUGGAUGUGUUGGAACAAAGUGUGUUGUCUGAAAAAAAGUUUGUCUGUUAGUUUCAAAACAAUUUGUUUGUAUGUUCUUGAAGCAGUAAAAGAAAACAUGAGAUGCCUCUCUCUAUCAAUGUCACUCCCAUUCCUCAUCCUCCCACUCGCACCAAUUUCAAAUGGUUGUUCCCUAAUGGUCAUUUUCAUAACAGAUUAAACCAUUUCUAUUUUGUUAUUGUUUUUAACAUCACCACGUGGCCGCUCUCUUCCAUUUCAAUAUAAUUUUAAACCUACGUAAACAUCAUGUAAGUGCAUGUUCUCUAACAUCUUUAUUGAUGAAACUAUACUCUGUCUCUCCGUGGGUGUUUCAAAGAGACAACACAACGAGUGUUUGUCUAGUUAGAAAGCUGAGAAAUAUUAAAGAACUUUUUAAAACGCUUUACGACUUUAAACAAAUAUAUAGUUGAAAAUGUACAUAAAGAGGACACGUAUGGUUUUAAUUUCAAGUAGAACCAUUAUCAUAACAUUGAUAUUUGUUGUUUAGUUGCCAUUUACAAUCUUGUAUUCAUAUGAGAUUCGUACACCUAUUGUAUUUAUAUCUCUUUAUAUCAAGAUGUUCAUCAAUAAAUUAUUUUUUUAAAUAUUAAAUAGCUACGAAUUUACGAUAUAAAAAAGUCAUUCAAUUAUAUCAGUGGGUAAGAUGAAAUACCUAAAAACAAAUAUUUUGCAAGUUGUCUAUAUCACAAUAAUUAAUUCGAAUCUUCAUAUCAGUAAAUGCAUUACGAAGAAUUCUUCUUUCAAAGGAAGAUUGGUCAACAAUGUAGUAAUUUAGUUUAUAUUUCAACAUGCAACAUCUUGCUACAACAUGAAUUGCUCAAAAGACAUGCAUAUAAUAUAUUCACUGCAUGAUGAUACUGUGAUGAGUGAUCGAUAUUUUGAAUAAUUUAUUUUCAAUAUUGAUCUUUUAUAUAAUGAAUGGUGUGAGCGACAAGAGGACAUGUUAUCCAAUGUCCCAAGAUGUAAUGUACACAUGUUUAUUACCAUACUAUCGGAAUACUAUGAAAUAUUGUAUUUUGUCUUUCAAAGUUCAUUUUCGAAUGUGUGUAUCUAUGACGUGGAAGGGAAUGGAUGACAUGAAAGGGAAUGGAUCUUUCCAGGGAUAUGUAAAUAUGCACAUGGAAAACUGUUUAGCACCGGUGACUGUAUAGUUCCAUAUAAAAUUGCCAUUUUUUUCAAUAGGGGCAAAAAUGAUUAUACCGCUGAGUUGAACUUAUUUUAUUUUUGAUUUUCAGUUGAAAAAUAUUUCAUUUUAUCCAAAAAAUCAACUUUAAUGACGUUAAGUCAGCAUGAAAAAUUAAGAACACCCCGUGUUUCCUUUGCGUCACAUGAUAUGAAAUCGAUAUACGUGUAGAUUAUCCAAUCACUUGACUAUAUAGCUCCAUGACAAUAGUAUUUGACAACUCUUUCAUUCGCACCAUCUGCUUCUUUACAUUACAUGUUACAACUGUUAAAACAAGAUGUUAUAGCACCAAUUGAUUAGCAGGUAUUGAAGGUAGCUGAUACAUUUUUCUAAAUAGUUCUAUAGUUCCAGAGAUUUAUGGACGUUCGGGAUAUAUUUAAAUAAAGAAAAGGGUGUUUUUCGUGUGUACAUAGGAAUCUUAUCUAUCACGUUUUCGGAACUGUUCAACAUGUAAUUAGUCUGUACCUUGUUUCAAAUGGGUACGGAAUGUAUUUUGGCUGUGUAUGCAUGAUAACUUCACCAUGCAUGAGACGUUCCUCUUGAUAAUUGAAACGGGCGUUUAAGUGGCAAGUGCAUUUAUUGUCCCGGUAGUCAAUACUCAUUCCAUUAACACACGGUUGACCGACCCCAGAAAACACAGUUUUUAUUAAGAAAAUUAAUAACCCGUUAGUGAAUUGGCUUUCCAUUGCUAGCAUUCCCACUAACAUCGACAUUCCUCUCAUUUCGAGUUUCCCUCUGAAUGAUUAUCUUGUCUAUAAUAUUUAUCCGAAAAGGGUGUAAUGGUUAUAUUGUCUUUGACUGGGGAAUCAAAUACUUGUGUUUGCAAAUUGAACCAUUUUGUACAUUUUAGUUGCCCUAAUGUUUUGUGAUAUGUUUUCGAAUGCAUUCAAAUGAAAUUGAAACGUAUACAUAUAUUCCUGCCUUUACAAUUAUAUAUAGAGAGCUAUUUAUAUUCUUCUUUGUCAAGGGAGUACAUGUUGAUUCUUAUCCUGGUCGUUCUUAUACAUGCUACAUCCCUUGCACCUCACCUUGUUCAUCAUACUAUUCAUUGUACCAUACUUGUUUUCAUAUCCAUGUAUCAUACUCCUCAUCUUGUCCAUGCACAAUAAUACUCCUUGUGAUAUUUAUUUAUCACACUCCUCGUCAAGCCCAUGUAUCAAACUUCUCAUCAAGCUCAUGUUUCAAACUCCUCGUCAAGCCCAUGUAUCAAACUCCCCAUCAUGCCCAUGUAUCAAACUCCCCAUCAUGCCCAUGUAUCAAACUCCUCAUCAUGCCCAUGUAUCAAACUCCUUAUCAAGCCCAUGUAUCAAACUCCUUAUCAAGCCCAUGUAUCAAACUCCUCGUCAAGCCCAUGUAUCAAACUCCCCAUCAUGCCCAUGUAUCAAACUCCCCAUCAUGCCCAUGUAUCAAACUCCUCAUCAUGCCCAUGUAUCAAACUCCUUAUCAAGCCCAUGUAUCAAACUCCUUAUCAAGCCCAUGUAUCAAACUCCUUAUCAAGCCCAUGUAUCAAACUCCUCUUCAUGCCCAUGUAUCAAACUCCUCAUAAUGCCCAUGUAUAAACUCCCCAUCAUGCCCAUGUAUCAAACUCCCCAUCAUGCCCAUGUAUCAAACUCCCCAUCAUGCCCAUGUAUCAAACUCCUCAUCAUGCCCAUGUAUCAAACUCCUUAUCAAGCCCAUGUAUCAAACUCCUUAUCAAGCCCAUGUAUCAAACUCCUCAUCAAGCCAAUGUAUCAAACGGGGCGGUCGGGUAGCCUAGUGGUUAAAGCGUUCGCUCGUCACGCCGAAGACCCGGGUUCGAUUCCCGACAUGGGUACAAUGUGUGAAGCCCAUUUCUGGUGUCCCCCCGCCGUGAUAUUGCUGGAAUAUUGCUAAAAGCGGCGUUAAACCAUACUCACUCACUCACUCACUCAAUGUAUCAAACUCCUUAUCAAGCCCAUGUAUCAAACUCCUCAUAAUGCCCAUGUAUCAAACUCCUCAUCAUGCCCAUGUAUCAAACUCCUUAUCAAGCCCAUGUAUCAAACUCCUCAUAAUGCCCAUGUAUCAAACUCCUCAUCAUGCCCAUGUAUCAAACUCCUCAUAAUGCCCAUGUAUAAACUCCUCAUCAUGCCCAUGAAUCAAACUCCUCGUCAAGCCCAUGUAUCAAACUCCUCAUCAAGCUCAUGUAUCAAACUCCUCAUCAAGCCCAUGUAUCAAACUCCUCAUGAUGCCCAUGUAUCAAACUCCUCAUCAAGCCCAUCUAUCAAACUCCUCAUCAAGCCUAUGUAUCAAACUCCCAAUAAUGUCCAUGUAUCAAACUCCCCAUAAUGUCCAUGUCUCAAACUCCUCAUCAUGCCCAUGAAUCAAACGCCUGACCCAGCCCAUGUAUAAAUUACCACCAAAGACAAUAGAUCUUAAGUGUGCACCCCCUUUUCAAGAGCUGUAUCCGCCCAUGAAGCCCAUGUCUCAAACUCCCCAUCAUGCCCAUGAAUCAAACUCCUCAUAAUGUCCAUGUAACAUACUCCUCACAAUGUCCAUGUAUCAUACUCCUCAUCAUACCCAUGUAUCAUACUCCUCACAAUGUCCAUGUAACAUACUCCUCACAAUGUCCAUGUAACAUACUCCUCAUAAUGUCCAUGUAACAUACUCCUCACAAUGUCCAUGUAUCAUACUCCUCACAAUGUCCAUGUAACAUACUCCUCACAAUGUCCAUGUAUCAUACUCCUCACAAUGUCCAUGUAUCAUACUCCUCAUAAUGUCCAUGUAACAUACUCCUCAUAAUGUCCGUGUAACAUACUCCUCACAAUGUCCAUGUAUCAUACUCCUCACAAUGUCCAUGUAUCAUACUCCUCAUUAUGUCCAUGUAACAUUCUCCUCAUAAUGACCAUGUAUCAUACACACAUGUAUAUGAAUCCACGAACAACGAAAUCAUAAGUCGACAUUUAUAAUGGUAGCUUGGUACCGGUUUUGAACAUCAAGUAUAGAUAUCCUUCUGAAACCAGAGUGAACAUUUAUCUGAGGUUGUUAUACUGAUUGAAGAAAGACUAUUGUUUAUGUGAAUAAGGUAUAUAGGUACAUACAUUUAACGUUUUAGUGAAAUAUAUCAUCGUUUUGAAACUGUUCAGGAAGUCCUAAUUUCAAGCAAAGCUUGUAAUAAAAUACUUUUGAAAAUGUAGUUUCCGAAAAUGCAAGUAGUUCUGUCCAUUCUAUUUGACCAAAUGUUUCUGCUGCUAUAAACACUUGCAUUUUUAACGUAGGCACAAAUAGUGUGUAUUUAAAAUAUAAAGUCUAUAAGAUGUGAUCAAUAAAUAUACUUUUAUUCAUUUCUCCAGUAUCAGACAAACGUUCGUCCAUUUGUGUAAGAUUCUGAUACACAAAAUUGCAGUACACGUGCCUAAUUUUUCGAAAUGUGAGUUACACGAAAAAUAUUACUAUUCUAAAAAUGGUCUAAAUGCUUUGAUGUUAACAUUGGCAUCGGGUUGUAAAGUAUGACAAAUGAAAAAGAAAGCGGUGUCAAACCAUGCUAACAUUUGCACCCAGAUACAUAUCUUCGAUAAAGUAAAAUACUAACCAUGUUAUAUAUAAAUAAUCGGGUUGUUUGUUUCAAAUGUUCAGAGGGUAUGAAAUUUGUAUAUAUUUUCUCUGAAUAUUUUCACUCCUUACAUCCCUGAUGUGGUAUGUUAACAAGUGAAUAGGUGUAUUAACCAUUAUUUAUAUACACUGGUACUGUGCAAUGAAGUAAAUUGUGGUUGUACAUGCAUACUCUACCGAGCUCAUGACACCCGGUGUAUAGUGUUGACAAUGAGGCCUCGAAGAGCGAAAGUAUUGCAUAAUACUUUAAAAAAAAGUUAAAGUGUUCAAUACGAUUAACCACAUUCAGUCUUUUGUGAUAACGAUAUCUCAGUUUGUGGGCAAACUUAUAAUUUGCAAGAGGGGUAGUGUGGCUUUUCGUAUAUUCUUAGUAUCCUCCUUGUGAACUCAGACCUUUAAAGCAUAUUCGCCAGACGAGAAGACGUCUGCAAAUAAAAUCUAUAGUUUUUAUUUUAUCCUAUGAGCAGAAUACAAACGUUUAAAGUCAGACAAAUUCGGAUUAUGCAUGCCAUAAAGGUUUAUGACAUUGGCAUCAACAUAUAAGUAUUAUGCACUUUUGUACAGAUAUAUUUCUGGACGUUUCAUAUUAAGAUAAAUAUUGAAAUUAAUGACCUUUCUAGACGAUGUGGUUUAUUGACUGGUUAUAUAAAUCGUACUCCAGCUGAGGUCAGAUCCUCGUUGGAGAGUUUGUCUGGUCGUAUGAUAACAAUUGUCAUAGAGUAGAUUGCGGUUUGAGCAUAGCUCAACAGCUACAUAAUAUUAUUUAUUCCAUCAUUAAUGGGUAUCACUAUAUUGUCUUUCAUUUCUUACAUGAGACAAGUAAAUCUUUCGCGAUAGUCGUUGUGUAGUAAUAUUAUGUGUAGUACGAAAAUGUAUGAGUCAGAAGGAAAUAAAUAUGUUUCUAAAAAAUUAUUUCUUUUUAUUUGUGCUCACACGUCUGUUCGACAGUUUGGUAUUAAGCUGUAACGACUUUAAACACAAGAAAACGUGCCUUCGUGGCUGUAUAUAUUUUGCCCAGAAGGGUAUUUCGGAGGACUAAGUUUUCAGAAAUGCUACUUCGAUCCUUUUGUAAAAAAUCAGAGGCUAUGCUUUGAACCACUGGGAAAGGUUUUCUGAUCACAUAAUGAUUACAUGUCGGAAGAUAACAUGAAAAUAAGUUAUAUUUUCAAUUUUUGUAACGAAUUUCGUCAAUCACAUGUUUUAUAGUGAUAGUAAAUGCUAAAAUUAAAGCAACUUUCUACAAGUGAGGAGGAAGUGGGUUACUACCAAUAUUUGCUCAACUGGUCAUCCAUGCAUAUCAAAGACUCCCUUUUCUAGGUCCAUUCAAAGCACAGCUCACCAAUACUUGGCAUCCACAACAGACCUCUAUAUCAGUUCGAUAUAUUUAGUGUGUGUUACUAAUGUGAUCGCUAAGGGGAACUACAACAUACUUUCUCCACACAAAUCAAUAUACACUGCAUGUAAAAAAUACAAAAUGCAUGUCCAAUCAAAUAAAGUGAAGGGAAUUGAAAGGAAUGUGAUUGAUACACAUUAGUCAACAAUACGCAUCGAUCUUCAAUUAGUUGUUUCAUGCUUUGGGUAAACGAAUAUUGAACAGCUGAGCAGUACCUAUCAUAAAAUGAAUCCUGCGAAAAUGUCAUCUACAACAGACCUCUAAAUCAGUUCGAAAUAUUUAGUGCAUGUUAUUAUUGUGAUCGCUAAGGUUAACUACAACACACCUUUAUCUUCGUUACAUCCGUAGUGGUCAUUAUUUUGUUGCCUUUCAACUUUGAAAUAGGAUGCGUAUUACUUCUUGUGGGUCAUUUUCUGAUACUUCAAAGUAUUAUACCAGUUACUUCUUGUUGUACUUCGUUUGAUAUUGUGAAGUGUGACACGUACUACUCGUGGUAAAAGUGCGUUUGAAUACUUCGAAGUGUAUUACGUUAUAUUUUUUUAAAGGUUAUCCGUUAGAUACUACCAAAGUGAGAUGAAAAACGAUCUCUCCAUUUUUUUUACCAGGCUAAAGUUUGUAUUGUCACAUUCGAUAGAUUUGUAAAACCACAGGUACAGUCGAAUCCCGUUAUCUCGAACUCAAAUGUUUCGAAUCCCUUGUAACAAAUUCAUUGUUCGGUCCCAGAAAACUCUUACUGUAUGCAUAACCAGUUUAACUGGGUUGUGUCGAAUUAUCGAAUGUCUCGAAAUCAGUAUAUAUUUUCAAGAGACAUGCUCCAGUUUAUAUUUCUAACAAUAUUAAUGCUAUUUACAUAAAAUGCACGACCUGGUGGGUUUGCUUUCUGUUGCCUGAUGGCUAGGCCAGACGACAAUAAGAUUGAGUCGGAUGUGUUGAAUCCCGUAUAAGUCGAACACGAACAAUUAAGUGUCAGUCCUUGACCCACAGGAAACAAUGCAUUUAAUGAUCAACUCAUCUGAUACAAACAAAGAUAAUGCUAUACAUACAAGGAAUUGAUUGUUGAGUGGUACAGUUGUCACUUUAUUGAUAUUCGUGUCACCAGUUGUCAUGCCCAUCUGUCACAGUUAAUAUCAUUGUGUUGUAUGUGAAGUUUGUUAUUUAAUGAACAAGACAACGUUUGAGUUGUACCAUAAAAUGCAUCGAGAUCUCAUGAAAUACAAAUUGUUUUAAAAUCA